AUGCCACCCAACACUCCCCCAUGGCAAGAGCGCGCCCGCGCCAAACAGGCACAAAUCCUGGCCGACGUCCCACCGGCCUUCAUCCACACAGAGCUGACCUUCUCGGAGACGGACACGCAGAGCAUGCUGGAAGUCCCGCGGACGCUGCUCUCGCCGCUCGAACAAGAAAUCACCUCGCUGAAGGCCGAAGACCUGGUCGCGGCGCUCGUCCGAGGGCAGUACACUGCCGUCCAGGUCCUGGAUGCGUUCACGCAUCGCGCGGCGAUUGCGCAUAGGCUGCUGAACUGCUGUCUGCAGUUCUGCUACCGGGCUGCGCGGGCCAGGGCGGAGGAGCUGGACAGCAUUAUAGGCAGAACCAGCAAUCCGUACAAUCGAUCGUUUUCCUGCGGUGGAUCGAGCGGUGGUGAAGGAGCCUUGCUGGCUUUCAGGGGGGGUCCGAUGGGAGUGGGAACUGACCUGGGAGGGUCGAUCAGAAGCCCAUCCGCCUACCAAGGCCUCUGGGGCCUGCGCCCAUCAACCGGCCGAUUCCCCUACCAUCGCAUGCGGAACAGCUGCGAGGGACAAGGGACAAUCCCGUCGGUAGUCGGCCCCAUGACACACUCGCCUGCAUCGCUCGAGCUCUUCGCCAAGACGGUCGUCGACUCGCAGCCCUGGCUGGCCGAUCCGAAAUGUCUGCCCAUCCCAUGGCGCGACGCAGAAGCGCAGGAGAUUGCCAGAGAAGGACGCAAACUGCGGAUUGGGAUUAUGCACUGGGACAAGCUGCGCAUCUUUUCCGCCGACGCAAACGGCGACAUUGAGCGGACGAUCGCCCUGUCGCAAGAGCCCGGUCUGGAGAUGAUAGGUAAGACCAACCGGGCGCCGUUGACCAUCCUCGAGUCGUGGGAUCUGGCCGUCGAGCGGACCAACUUCCAGGCGGCCGUGCUGCAGCAAUGGGCAGCAACAGCCUCAGCAGCAGGAGGAGAAGGCGCUGUCAUGGACGCGUACAUCGCCCCCGUCAACCCGUCCAUCUGCCCCAAGCACGGCGACUACAGCCGCGUCCGGUACCUGGCGUACGUCAGCACGGUCAACCUGCUCGACCUGUCAGCGUGUACGGUGCCAUGGACCUUCGUCGACAAGCAGCGGCCAGCGCACCAGGCUGAUGACCCGUCUGGCGAGCGCGAUGCAGCAGGAAACCCCAUCCCGGCGCCGACGUGCGAUCUCGACCGCCGGAUUCGCGCGAACUACGACCCGGUCGUGUACGACGGACUGCCGGUGACGGUUCAGGUCGUGGCGAGAAAGCUAGAAGAGGAGAAGGUGAUUGCGAUUGCAAAGGUGCUGGAGCGGCUGAGGGGUGGCCAGGGAUAG